AUAGAUCCCCAAGCCUUUCGAUUAAACUCUAAUUAUACAUUUAUCCCAGUCAAUUCGAAUGCAUAAAGAGAAUUAGAUUCUUGAUGGCAAACUAAUUGAAAAAUCGCGGUCGGUCGUCGUCGAUGCUUGUGGAUACUACGGUCGCCACCUAGAUGGCCUUCAGCUCGUUCUUCGUGGCCGGUCAGUAUUUUUGCUGAGCUGGAUCGUUGUUUACAUCCCGAAGCCGCUGUUCCAGCGAUCCGGCGCGUGAGGAGAGGAGCGGCUGGAGACAAAAUUUCCUGUGAAAAUCAUCGCGCUGGCCUGCGGCCGAGCCACGAUCAUCAGCGUUCUAUUAGUUAUUCCUGAACAGCCGGAGAGCACGGACAAACCUAGCGAGUUCGAGUCGUGACCCUACGAUCACGAUGAAGGUAACUGUGACCACGCUCAGCGACGACAUCUUCGUCCUGGACGUCAGCGAGGAGUUGGAGCUGGAGAACUUCAAGGCAUUCUGCGAGAUCGAGAGCGGCGUGCCGGCCCACGAGAUCGUGAUAGCGUUCAACGGCCGCCCCCUGAUGGACGAUAAGAAGUCUCUAAAGGAUCACGGGAUCCGGGACGGAGACGCGGUGAUCCUGCAGCAUAUGCACCAGAGCGGAUCCGACCUGAACCUACACCCCUUAAACGGAGCUAUUCCCAUGUUGGACUUCAGUUCCAUCAGAGUGCCAGGAGCAAGGCAACCUUCUACAACAAACAGUACUGCCAGAGUGCAAAAUCCUAGGAGUGAGGAUGAUCCAGCAAUGAUUCGAGACAUGUUCUUAGCCAAUCCGGAUCAGCUAGCAUUGCUCGAACAGAAUAAUCCUAGGUUGGCUGAUGCAUUGCUAUCUGGGAAUUUGGAGAGAUUUUCUACCAUACUCAAGGAACAAAUUAAAACCAGAGAGGAACGACAGGCUCAAAGAUUGAGGAUGAUGAACGCAGAUCCCUUUGAUACAGAAGCUCAGAGACUCAUUGCGGAAGAAAUCAGGGAGAAGAACAUCGAGGCGAACAUGGAAGCUGCGAUGGAGUACAAUCCUGAGACGUUCGGCACAGUUGUUAUGUUGUACAUUAAUUGUAAAGUCAAUGGAUUCCCGGUUAAGGCAUUUAUCGAUUCAGGUGCGCAGACCACAAUCAUGUCCGCUGCUUGUGCCGAAAGGUGCCAUAUCAUGCGAUUAGUCGACACCAGGUGGGCUGGCGUGGCUAAGGGCGUGGGUGUUCAGAACAUCAUCGGUCGCAUACAUAUGGUACAAAUCCAGAUCGGCAACGAUCACCUGACCACAUCCUUCAGUGUUCUUGAGGAGCAAUCCAUGGACAUGCUGCUAGGCCUAGACAUGCUGAAGAGGCACCAGUGCUGCAUAGACUUGAAGAAGAACGUCCUAAAGAUCGGCACCACUGACACUGAGACGUCCUUCCUGGCUGAAGGUGACCUGCCAGAGUGUGCAAGGCUAAGUGGCAAUAAUGAGGAAGUGUUCGAUGACAGAGAACUGCAAAGAGCACUGGAAGACAGCUCUAGGGAUGCUGGUAAGCAGGCUGGCCAGGGUAGCAGCAACGCCAGCGACACAGCAGUGUCCUCCAGCAAACCUAUUUCCCCGGAGACUAUCUUGCCAACUGAUCAAUUCACGGAGGAGACGGUGAAAGAGAUCGAGGCUCUAGGGUUCACAAGGGCGCAGGUGAUCGCUGAGUUACGCAGACUCAACGGGGACAAAGCUCAAGCCACCGCCGCGUUGUUCCUGAAAUCCUUGAAGUUUUAAAACCCGGUGAUGAGUCAGGGACUAUUUUGAACUCGGGAUAUGGGGCGGGAGAAUUUGUACUUGAUUUUUUCGUAGUGAUUUUUAUCGCCGACAACCGGUACGUCCAAUGCACCCGACGACCAACGUUUGCUCAGAGGUUCGAUUCGGCUGUGAAACAAAGCUGUGCACAUUCCGUGUAUACAUGUUUUAUCUCUCAUUGUUAUGCGGACAUAGUGCGCGCGCCAGUCACUGCCCUCUACCAUCUAGACCUGUAAUUAUCGCAAUAAGCUUCGAGGGGAUGGUCGGCGAGAAAUCCGAAAAACGAGUCCGAGUGUUCCGUUCCUGAUGAUGUGGAGAGUAUACAAUAUCAAUCAGCAGAAAUGUUGUAUCAGGUUCAUUCCGGAAAUGACGAGAAUGAUCGUUGCGGACUGAUGAUUUAGUUCCUCCAUUUAUUUAUCGAUCAACAAAAUUCGAGGGCGGAUCCCGGGAUGGGUGUUUCAAUUUUUUUUAUUUUGCGAGAUCAAGGACGAACUUAGGAGUGGGAAUUUUUGUUAUCUUCCGUUUUUUUUCUUUUCUCUUUUUAGGUGAUUGUACUGUCAUUGAACACGCAUUUUUUACUGUUAAUACCUAGCAAAGGUAUGUGGUAUAUUUUUCUGUAUUUUCUUUAUUACAUAUUAAAAGACGAAAAGCAGAAC